AUGGAUAAGGACACCCCAACUCUGAAGCCCAGACGGAUCCAAAAUCAGAAUAUAGUCCAUCGUCUUGAAAGGCGCAGGGUCUGCUCUGGUCAGCCUGGAGCCCACUGGUACACAGUACGCUGCUUCCACCAAAACCUGUUCCCCAACUUCACUGUGGUCAACGUAGAGAAGCCACCCUGCUUCCUGAGGAAGUUCUCACCAGACGGACGCUGCUUCAUUGCUUUCUCUUCUGAUCAGACUUCUCUGGAGAUAUAUGAAUACCAAGGCUGUCAGGCUGCUCAGGACCUGCUGAGAGGUCAGGAGGGAGAAACCCUUCUCACAGCCAAUGACCAGCGCUCCCUCAACAUCCGAGGCCGCUUGUUUGAGCGCUUCUUCUCCUUGCUACAUGUUACUAAUGUGGCUUCCAAUGGAGAACACUUAAAUCGCGAGUGCAGCCUCUUCACUGACGACUGUCGCUAUGUCAUUGUUGGCUCAGCUGUGUAUGUCCCUGAGGAGCCGCCACCAUAUUUCUUUGAGGUGUAUCGCAACAAUGAAUCUGUGACUCCCAACCCUCGGUCUCCUCUAGAGGACUACUCCCUCCACAUCAUUGACCUCCACACUGGCAGGUUGUGCGACACCCGGUCCUUCAAAUGUGACAAGAUCAUCCUGUCUCACAAUCAGGGCCUCUACCUCUACAGGAACAUCCUGGCUGUGCUGUCCGUUCAGCAGCAAACCAUUCACAUCUUUCAGGUGACUUCAGAGGGAACAUUCCUGGAUGUAAGAACGAUCGGGCGGUUCUGUUAUGAAGACGACCUCCUGACGCUUUCAGCUGUUUACACAGAGGCUCAGGCAGAGAGCCAGCCUGGCUUUCCUCGACUCUACACCGACAAAACCAUCAACUCGCUGAAGCACCGGCUGCUGGUCUACCUGUGGAGGAAGGCUGAGCAGGAUGGCAGCGCCACUGCCAAGAGAAGAUUCUUUCAGUUUUUUGACCAGCUGAGGAGGCUGAGGAUGUGGAAGAUGCAGCUGUUGGAUGAACAUCACCUCUUCAUUAAAUACACCAGUGAAGACGUGGUUACACUCAGAGUCACUGACCCGUCUCAGCCGUCGUUCUUUGUUGUAUACAACAUGGUUUCCACAGAGGUGCUGGCUGUCUUUGAGAACACCUCUGACCAGCUGCUGGAGCUGUUUGAGAAUUUCUGUGACCUCUUCAGAAAUGCGACGCUACACAGUCAGGCCGUCCAGUUUCCCUGCUCUGCUUCAUCCAACAAUUAUGCACGGCAGGUCCAGAGAAGAUUCAAGGACACCAUCGUGAACGCUAAAUACGGCGGCCACACGGAGGCGGUGCGCCGGCUGCUGGGUCAGCUGCCUAUCAGCGCUCAGUCGUACAGUAGCAGCCCUUACUUAGACCUCUCGCUCUUCAGCUAUGAUGACAAGUGGGUUUCGGUGAUGGAGAGGCCCAAGACCUGCGGCGACCAUCCCAUCAGGUUUUAUGCUCGGGACUCUGGCCUCCUGAAGUUUAAGAUCCAGGCGGGCCUGUUGGGCCGGCCGGUGAACCACGCCGUGCGACGCCUAGUCGCCUUCACCUUCCACCCCUUCGAACCAUUUGCGAUAUCUGUCCAGCGCACCAACGCAGAGUACGUGGUGAACUUCCACAUGAGGCACGUGUGUGCGUGAGGAGUUUGUGUGUCUUUGUGAAACAGCAGCACUGAACUCUGGGAGUCACUGGACUCAUGUGGCAGUGUUGUGCUUCUGUUACCAGCUGCUGGUGACAAUACAACAAAUGUGUCCUCUGUCAGGAGGCAUGAAACACACUCUGCUGUUUGCCACCUCCACAGGCGACAGAAACCGCCGUUCUAGCCUCCGUUCUCAUUGUCCUCUCUCUCUGCGGACAAACCGCCGCUCGUCCUCACAGUCACCAAGACGGCAGCAAUUCUGAGGUUUUCUUUUUUCUGCACUGCUUGUCCUCCUCUUUCCUUUUUCCUCUGCAGAACAAAGAGGUACCUGUGGGGAGGAGAGGGUGCGAUAAGUGCACGUGGAGAUGUGGAGAACAUGAUUGAUGCCAGAUGGAGGUGGGAGCUGUAGGUAGCUGGAGUGCUUUUCUUUUUCCUUACUUGGCAAUGAAAGCUCAUAUCAGAAUGAUUGGUCCAGCAGAUUC